GCCCAAGGUCUUAUCCCGUUUGCGUAAAGGUGCUGUAGUCGUGCAGCGCUUCUAGUUUUGUGCGUUUUCUUGCUCUCUGGCUUUGGUCUCAUAAUUUUUCUUAAAUUACACAAUGCGCGCCAUGUCCGUAUUGCACGUGCUUUGCCUUGUGUUGAUUGUAACAAUUGGUGCUAAGGAUUCGAACUUCCGAUGUCAUGUGUCUAGCCUAGUUGCGUGUGUCGCCACUUUGUGCAUAUCUUGAGUGUUUAUAUAUUUGUGUACUACGUAACUUGGAUGCAUCCUGGACGUGGGCCAUUCGUGAGCGCAUAAAGACAAGAAAAUGUCCACAGUUGGUGUCGUAGUUUGAAAGGACAUCGUUUCGUGUUAAAUGUGGGACUGAAGCUAAUGAAGAUAGGUGAAGCCAAUAAGGGCCCUGCCUCGGCGAGAGCGAGAGAAAGCGCAGCCUCUUCCCCUCGUGGGACCCCGGGAAGCGGCGCCCGGACGCAAGAUGCUACAAAAUCUGGGACCGCGUCCGCUGGCUCACCGGGCUCUGCCGGCUCGGCGUCUCAUCCCUCCACGUCGUCCGGUUCUCCCAGUCCCGUUCAACUUCCUACACCCCCGUCGCCCCAACCGGCACAAGCUCAAGCUCCAGCCGCGAUAACAAAAAAGCCCAGACAGAGAGGUUUUCUAAACACACUGCUCUGCUGCUUCGGUAGCAACAGCACUGGUGCUAACAACCCGGUGAUCGCGGAGGAAAAUGGACAAUACUCCCCGAAGGUGCCGAAAUUUCCGCGUCCGCAACAGGCAGCGCCACAACAGCAGCUAGCAACGUCCCAGCCUGUCGCUAACUUGUCGUCUGCAAUCACUCAAGUGCAACAGGCCCAGCAUCCGGCGCCGGCGUCUGCUCUCGCUCGAGAGUAUGCUGUGCAGGAGUAUAACAGAAUCAGUAGCACUAGCCUGUUGCAGGGAAAGUUCCUAUUGCCUCCCGUGCGUCACCAAGACGUGCACAAAAUUUGUCUCAUCAUUGACUUAGAUGAAACCCUGGUUCAUAGUUCAUUCAAGCCCAUCAGUAAUGCAGACUUCGUUGUUCCUGUUGAAAUAGAUGGCACAGUCCACCAGGUUUAUGUUUUAAAGAGGCCUUAUGUAGACGAGUUCUUACAGCGAGUUGGCGACGCUUAUGAAUGUGUCUUAUUCACAGCCAGCCUUGCAAAGUAUGCAGAUCCAGUUGCAGACUUGCUGGACAAAUGGGGUGUCUUUCGAGCAAGGUUAUUCCGGGAGUCUUGCGUUUUCUACAGGGGGAACUAUGUGAAGGAUCUUGGUAGGUUAGGUCGAGACCUGCACAGAGUGGUGAUAAUCGACAAUUCACCAGCAUCCUACAUCUUCCACCCAGACAAUGCAGUGCCUGUGGGGUCAUGGUUUGACGACAUGUCGGACACGGAGCUCCGGGACCUCGUUCCUUUCUUUGAGAAGCUGAGCAAAGUGGACGACGUGUACACGGUGCUGCGUAAUUCCAACAAUGCUGCUGCGGGGGCUGCCGUGUCGCCCGCAUUUCCCAUGUCGCCGGGCUCCCAAAUGAAUGGCUCGCUGCAGAGCUCCUAGCAUUCCCCCGUCGCUGCUCUGCCUGCUCCAAGCCCUUGGGCCGUCCUCUCCGCUGCCGUGGUGUUUGCCCCCUGCAUCGGGUGACUGCAGCGGUGGCCCCACCGAGAGCACGAGGUUGAGAGAAGACAAAAAUUUUGGGAUGACGCAGAUCUUUAUUUUUGCUACUGACACAAGGCAAAACGAGACUCUUUGUCUACCCCCCACCUACUGCUCGGGACUUGUGAGGAAACGGACAUUGUUGCUCUUUGUUGCGACGACCACACUGCUAUGCGCAUCACUGUAGUGGAACUGCUCCGUUCAGCAGUUUGUUGUUUGUCCCUAGGCAGGUUGCUUCCCCCCACUACAUUUUUUUUUCUCUUGCUGUAGAAUUUUUGUUCUCUUGAGAAGUAUACUAUCACAUAUAUACAAAUAUAUAUAUAUAUAUAAGUACACAUAUGCAUAUGAAGAAAAAAAGGCAAGUGUACACAACAAACUGAUGACUGGUCAUCCUGCACGUUUUAAUUUUUUUAAUUUGCAGCAUUGUAGCGCUCGUCGUUGCGUGUUGGGAGGAGCACCAAAUUUUUGGCACUCUCCCGGGUUUGUACCAUUUCUGGCAAAUAACACUUCUCUCUCUCUUUUUUUUUUCUAAUAGUGUUUUUGUGAUGUCAUUACCGCUAGGGUAGCUUCUUUUUUCAGUAGCGAGAGUGACACAAGAUUCUCGGUGUUGGGCGAGCCUGUACCUGUUCUUCAAAGUGCAAAACAGUUUGAUGGUUUAAAGGAAGGUAAAGAAUCGGAUGAUCAUGAGCAUCCUGUAGUUUUUAAAGGGAGAAAAAUCUAUCUGCGCUUUUCUGCUUUUUUUUGCCCUCUUUUUUUUUUUAUUACAUUUGUGCUCCUCUACUCUAUUGGUGCUCGUCUUUGUAACGUACGGCUCUGAGCAAUUUCCCAAACGAUGAUAAAUUGACCCAACGUACUCUCGCAGUUGGAAAGCUUCAAAGAGAUAUUUUGUGUAAAGUGAUUGUGUGAGAUGAUCCAUGCAGACAUCUGUGUAUAAAAAAAAUUCCUUAUGUGCCAAUUUCAAGAAGCUGUUCUCUUUGUAUUAGCUCAACUGGUAUGGGCAAUUUGCGUGUGUCUAUGCGUGUCUGUGUGUGUUUGUGUGUAUGUCAGUUGGUUCCUAGGGGGCCCUAUUUGUUACCAGAGUGCAAUAGACUGCUUGAGCCAUUUCUGUACUGCAAAUUAGUAGCAGGCGAGAAAUUGUUAUUUUCAUCAAAAGGUGUAGUUGUCUUUGUUCCUGUCCGUGUGUGUUGGGUAUGCAUUCUGAGUUAAACUCUCUGUCCCCUCGGGAUACUUGAUCAGUCCAUUUGUCUAGCGCUGUGCAUAGAGUACAAACGGAUUUUUGUUUUUUUGUGAAUUGACGUAACAAAUCUGCUUUUCUUUAGGAGUAACCAUGUUGCCAGAAUAGACCAUCAAAUGCUCGGGACACGAAGCUUUUAUUACGGGUUAUCCACGCAGUGACACAUGCUAGUCUAAAACGCAGAGCACCCUAACGCUGUUGACCGGUUCACUUGUUCUACACCCUCGUUUCGGUCUUUGUUGCCAACACACAAGGCUUCGUGGAUGCAGUUAUGUUCAGGAGCCCGGCUAUCUUUUUUUUUCUCUCUCUCUCUUUUGCAGUGUAUCUGAAAAAUUGGAUUGUGCAUAGCAUACUCACGUCACCGUUGUUUCAUAUGCGAGCACUGCUCAUACUUUUGUAGCAGGUCUAGCAAAAAUGACGUACUAGAUCAUCAGGAAUCUGCAGGGCAUUUGGGAACGGAUUGUGUUGGCUGUAAUGUUCUUUUGUGUGGCGUUACGUGGAGUUCACCUUUACACGCCCUCCCGUAUUCCAAAGAAGCUUCCGAUAGCAGGUUCUCCGUGUGCCCCUUUUUCAGUGUGAGACAUCAUUUUGACAUGCGUGUUACUCAGUAGAAGGUUUUUGGCCCAUGUAUGAAAACAUUGAUGCAGCUGUUACUGUAGGUGAAGUGACCCUCUCUAGUGAGGGGGGCUCCCGUUGUAAACUGGGUAUGGUUGUGGUAAAGACGUAACGCGCACAGUUUUUAUAUGUGGCACGAGGGGGGUGUGACUGUGUUGCACGCAUGUUUUUGACAAGAUUUGGUGAGACUUUUGUCACCCCCAAGCGUUUAUUAUGUACCUAGAUGUUGGUGAUUGUUCUUUUCCUUUGUUUCCGCACUAGGAGAGACAUAUCAAAAGAAUGAAUCAUGGUGGCCCGUAUCUUGAGCGAAAAGCUUUGUUGUAAUUUUUUUUCAGUGUUUUCCAGCAAAGUAGAAAUUUGGAGGAACUGCGUGAUAAAUUUCUCAAGGGCGGGGUCACUAGAAGAUUAGGAAUAGAAAGGUACCGCUUAAUGCACCUUACACACACACUAGCCUGAACUCCAUGGGCUAAUCGGAAUGGCAAUUUUCUGUGUGUGUGUAUAUAUAAUUAUGUAAGUUUAGUUGUGUUCCGAAUAUUUGUGUGCCCGGGAAUAAAAUAGUGUAUUUGUACAAAGGAUAUUUCGAAGCAAGGAAAAAGGUCAGUCGACUGUAAAUAGUUUGUGUGCCUAUCUAUUUGUAUGCAGGCUCUAUGGUGUCUUAAUGUUACAGUUCUGGAAGGGCAAUGUUACAAAGUGCUAUUACACUGUGAACAUAGUAAUGCCACACAUGCUUGAGUUGUUGGGGGUAGUCUUGUGUACAACAUUUUCUCUUUUUCUAAAGCUGUACGUUCCCACCACAAGUUGUUUUUGUGUUGCAUAUGGGCCAUGAAUUAGACAUGUUCAACGUUACGAUAUGAGAGCUUAACUACUUGUAAGCUGCGUUGGUGAUUGGCAUCAAUUCUGUUGAGCCCAACUGUACUACCUGGAACUAUAUGUUGAAGAAUGUCUUGCGUUGAGAUGUAAGAAAAGUGUGUGGUGAAGUGACCUUUCCGUUUGGUUAGCAUUUCAGAGGUGGUUCCCUGCCUCAGCUCGGGACACUUUGGAAGUGUCAGCUUUAAUAGCCACACUGCUCCAUAAGCAAAAUACAGAGUUCAGUGGCUGUCAGCUCUUGGAGCGAAGUUCAGCUGUGUUAAACACUGCAGUUAGCAAGCAGCAGUUUCAUUUUGAUUCAUUUGCCAAUUAUCUUUCUGAUAGGUAUGUAGACUAACCACGUGUUACCAUUCUCGCAUAAAAAAAGGAAGUGGCGUUAGAACGUGACUGUGAUCGCACAUUUAUCUUAGUUUUGUCACAAAAAAAGUACCAAAACUCUGGCCAUAUACGAAGCUUCCGUUACAAUUGUAACCAAAGUGGCAUUGUGUCAGCUCUUGAUUUCUGUAGCAAUAACGAGGACGGAUCCGCCUGGCACUUCUGUGUGCCAGAUUUACGAGUUAGCUUUCUUCUUAGGGUCCGCAUGGCAGAGACCUUCCCAUAGUGUCAUCUGGAAACGCAUUCUGGUUUUGCAAAACUGCGGCCUUUGAAUGUGUCCGCUGGGUCUGCCUCGUGCAUCCGUGUCGUACAGUUGUGCAGUGCAGCACUGCUCCAAAAAUGUACCUGUAGCAUUACAGGCGCGUGUGACUUCUGUUGCAAAACUCUGGCAGUAGCGGAAAUACUAACAAAUACAUGGGGGGAAGGACCAGUGGUGGGUGAUCUCAAGAUGCUUGUGGUGGUGGGGGAGAGGAAGGGUACACCUCUGUGUCCAACUUGAAUGUACGAAUGAGAAACUGCUUUUCUUUCUACAAGUACAUGGUGGGGGGACUGGUGAUGACUACACUGGUGUGUGGUCCCUUCCUGCUUUUGUGGCAGCUAAGGAAAUGGUGUGUGUUAUCAAGUAGGAUGCUGUGGGUAACCUGUGGCUAUGGGACUGUGAGAAAGUGUAUAGUUCGGUAGCGCUUGGAUAUUUCUUUUUAACACAACAAACUGCCUUUCGUGCCUUUUCAUCCCCAUGGCGAUAUAUUAUGGACAUCUCCGGUGCAGGUGUGUCUGUCUUGUAUUCUUUUCUAUUCUGAUUGUGUAAUACCUGUCUCAUAGUUGAGCACCGGAGUUUGUAUAAUAACAGUGUUCCAUAACCUCAAAUGUAUCAUAGAUUAAAACAAAAUUUGAGCUUGUA